GUUCAGCAUCACUGGACAACAAGCGUAUCGGCAUCAACCAAGAGACUGAGGUCUAUUUCAGAUGGAUAACGCAGACUACAGGCAAAACAUCACGGUUCAGUACUGCUUCCCUGGACACAAUGCAUCUUGCAAAAAGGACGUCCGGACAGGCCCUGGAUACAUCGUUUUGUUCAUUUUUCUCUCAUGUAUAUCUGUGUGCACUGUGUUUUUGAACCUGGUGGUGAUUAUCUCCAUCUCUCACUUCAAGCAGCUCCACUCUCCAACCAACCUGCUCAUUGUUUCUCUGGCUUCAGCAGAUCUUCUCGUGGGAAUGUUCGUUAUGCCUGUGAAAAUAAUGCAACUGACAAACUCCUGUUGGUACCUUGGAAAUAUGGCCUGUAUUGUCUUUCCAAUAAUCAACGGCCUCUCUGUGUUAGGAUCUCUCUGCAGCCUGGAUUUCAUCGCCAUUGAUCGAUAUUUGGCCAUCAGUGACCCUCUGCAUUAUUCUAGAAGAAUCACUAUGUUCAGAACAUCUGUGUGCAUAUUUCUAGGCUGGUCCUUUUGUUUCUUGUAUGUUGUUGUUUAUAUGUACUUUAAUGACCAUUUCCUGCCAUCUCAGCUAACCACCAGAUGUUACGGAGAGUGUUUCGUCUUCAUAAAACCACCAUGGGUGAUGAGCAGCACCUACAUCUUUUUUUUUUUACCUUGUACCCUUAUUUUCGUCUUAUACGCAGCCAUUUUUCAUGUUGCCAGACGUCAGGCUAAGGCUGUCAGAGCUGUGGUCAAUGGAGCAGGCAAAGUUUCAGGCAAAGCUUCAGGCUCAUCUGAAACCAAAGCAGCCAAAACACUGGGAAUUGUCAUUUGUGUUUACUUUGCAUUCUGGAUACCUUUUUACAUCAGUUCCCUAACUGUUCAACAUUUGACCACUGUGUCAAUGGUGUGGACUGUGUUCGGCUGGCUAUCGUACAUCAACUCCUGUAUGAAUCCACUCAUUUAUGCCAUAUUCUAUCCAUGGUUCCGAAUAUGUGUUAAGCAUAUUGUCACUUUUAAAAUAUUUGAAACAUCAUCUUCCAACUUUAAUUUGUAUAAGGAACAUUAAUAACCAGUGCUGGAAAGCUGAGCAUCACAGAGCCUUUUUUUUCUUUCUUUCCUUUUGUCACAUUCUCAUGUUUGUCGUUUCUCAUGUUAAAUAUUCUGUAUGUCUAUCGUUUUCAUUAUAUUUUAAUCCAGCAUUUAUUGUUGUGUUGCAAUGCAGGUUCAAAAUUUCUGUUAAAAUGACCUGGUAUCUGCAAUGGUCCUUUAUUUUGAGAUUGCUGGAGGGUAGCAUGUGCAAAUAAUCUGUCCAUAACAACAGCAGUGGUGUUCAGAUAUCUGCUGUAUGAACACACACACACACAGAAUGAUGAAACCCACACCAACAUGCAUUUUCUAAAAUAUGAUUUUAAUAUGAAAUGAGUGCAACAUUUAUAACAUUUAGCACAGUAUUUAUUGUCCUGUAUAAAUUAUAAUUUGAUAAAAUUAAAAAAUAAAUAAAAAAUAUUCCUGUGGCCAUAUAGUGGUGCUGUAGAAUGUAAACUGAACAUUUGUAGAUUAACAAAUAUGUAGUCACUGCAAUAACUGCGUAGUAUAUCUUAUCAUGACAAUAAUAGUUAAACUUUUCAGUUUUCUAAAGAGGCUUAACCGCGUAGUCAAAUUGCGCAAUUCUAUUAUGGAGCUUAAAAGCCCUUAUUUUUAAAUUGCUACUAAAACAAAUUAUUAUAAAAAUUAAAACUAAUUUAUUUAAAGUUUUUUUUUUGUCUGUG